UCAACUCAUCCAGAACUCUGUCCAGAAGAUAUGUCAUGCACCAUAAAUGUUUUAAGGGAAUUAUCCAAAAAGCCACAUAUGGCUACAACUGAAGGGGAUAUUGAUCUGGUCAACUUGAUGUUAGACAGAUGGCAGAACAAAGAGACGGGUUUGGAUGAAGCACACAAGGUGACGUACAAUGUGUGGUUGUCUUUUCCGCAGAAGAACAAACCUAACAGUGUAACUGUAGUCUCACCAAAUGGAACAGAACUCUUCAAGUCACGGAUGAAGGAGUUGAAUUACACUAAGGACCAGCUGGACCCAGAUAUCGUCCAGCCCUUUGCAGCCUUCGCACCCACAGGAACGCCCAAGGGUAUAAAUGGUGCAAAGUUUGGGGUGAUUGGAGUCAUCGUUUACACUGAUCCUGCUGAUAUGAAUGACGGAAAGUCAAGUGACAAAAAUGAGACCUACCCCCACUCAUGGUACCUGCCCCCCUCUGGCGUUGAGCGUGGCUCCUACAAGCUCAAUUUUGGUGACCAGCUGACUCCCUAUUACCCUGCCAAAGAUUAUACCUUCAGGCAUGCUGAAUCUGAUAUCAAAGGUUUAUCACCCAUCCCAGCACAGCCUAUUGGAUUUGAAGAUGCCCGUCAACUCAUAUGUGCAUUGGAUGGAGUAGAAGCUCCUGAAAGCUGGCAGGGUGGCCUUGGCUGCAGAUACCACCUGGGACCUGGCUUCCACGACAAGAGCUCCUUUGGAAACAGUGAGGUACAAGCCAAUGUGUUCAACAGGCGGGAGAUAAAACCAUCUGACAAUGUGAUUGGAGUUAUCCGUGGGAGUGUAGAACCAGAUCGUUCUGUGAUCUAUGGCAAUCACCGUGACAGUUGGGUCCAUGGUGCCAUCGACCCCAGUAGUGGCACUGCAGUUAUGUUGGAAAUCACCAGAGUCCUGGGAAAAAUGGUGAAGGAAGGCAAAUGGCGACCACGCCGUUCAAUCAUUUUCGGCAGCUGGGGUGCAGAGGAGUUUGGUUUAAUUGGCUCCACAGAAUGGACCGAGGAGUACUACAAGAAAUUGAUUGAGAGGACUGUGGGAUACAUCAAUGUGGAUAUAGCAGUGUUUGCCAAUACCACCUUAAGAGCCAGUGGAUCACCGGCAGUGCAGAGUGUGGUGUUUGAUGCAGCUAAGCAGGUCUCAGCUCCUGGACACAGAGACCUGUCUGUCUAUGAAAACUGGUUGAAGCAUUCAAACCGAACAAGUGCUCUCCAUGGUCUCAUUCCAAAAAAUCUGACACAUAACCUUGUUGUGGUUAUAAACAUCCUCAUCUGCCGUUGCAUUGGUGAGCAUGAGGAGUCUGGAGCAGGAAGUGACUCUGCACCCUUCUUCCAUUAUCUCGGGAUCAGCUCCAUGGACAUUGCUUACACAUAUGACAAGACAAGAACAAAUGCUCGAAUCUACCCUGCUUACCACACAGCCUAUGAUACUUUCGAUUAUGCCUCUCGUUUCAUUGACCCAGGUUUCACCAGCCACCUGACCGUUGGCAGGACAGCAGGCAACGUAUUGAUGCGUAUGGCUGAUAGCGUCAUCCUCCCUUUCAAUAUCAGAGACUACAGCGAGGCCAUUGACCAGCUCUGCACCACAGCAGAGAGGGUCUUCGCUCCAGAACUCCUGAAGCAUAAUAUCUCCCUGGAUCCUCCGUGUUCUGCCGUAACAAAGCUAAAAGAAGCUGCUGAGGGUCUUCACACACGAAUAUCUGAGCUGAGCGAUCUGCAAGUGAGCCCUCUGACGCUGCGCAUGGUCAAUGAUCAGCUGAUGCUCCUUGAACGAUCGUUUCUCGAUCCAGUUGCCUUUCCUGACAAGCUGUACUAUCGACACGUUAUCUAUGCGUCAAAGAAUUCAGAUGUGGAAACAUUUCCAGGACUAGCUGAUGCUUACCAGCAGGCCAUGGCCAAGGGAGAUGCCUGGGAUGAUGUUCGGAAGCACCUGACGAUAGUUACUCACACACUGGAGAGUGCAGCUUCGACCCUGGAGGCUGUGAUCUAGCAGGAAGAUCAGGGUAUCACCGAGAGGUGCCGACAGAUCUCCAGGCAAUCUCCCAUUCAA